ACUCAGUGCGCACUAGUGCAAGCUACCGAAUUCGCUAUUAGUUUGCCUUGUUUACAUCGCAUUGUGUUUUGUAUAUAUCAAGGCAUAUAAAUUGAAAAACUUAAAUUGUUUUGAAAUAAUUCAGAUAUUACUUAUAAUAUCGUUGUUAAUUUUAUGAGAUUAAUCGAAAUAAGCAUUUGCAAUCAUGAAUACAGAGAAGAUAACCUUGUCAAAAAACAUACUGCAGAUGAAAUUCAUGCAACGAACGAAAGAAAAAGUCGAAAAGCAACAAUUUCAAGAAGAAGGAGAGAUCUAUUUUGGAAACCAAAUUACAGAACGCAUGAAGAAGGAAUCAGAAAAAUUCGUCAUAGAACCAAGUUAUGUAUUUUGUGAGAACCUUGUCAAUGGUAGAAUGAGUUUUCAAGGAAUGAAUCCAGUAAUUGAAAAGUACAUGGAAUUGAUGCAGAAUAAGGAAAAAAUAAUGGAGGAGGAACUUCAGACUGAAGUAUCGGACGAACAAAUGACUGUUCAAUGGCAAAAAUUACGAAACAAGUUCGGAACUACGAACAAGCGUAAAAAUGUGCAAAAUAGUGAGGAUAAAGCCAAGCCACUACGGAAAAAACCAAAAUUCUUAAAACCAGUAGAUUGAUAUACUAUAAAUAAUGUAUAUUGUAUAGUUAGUUUUUAAUAUAUAUGUUAUCACUUUGGAGACCAGAAACACAAAAGUUGUCUCUGUCAAACAUAUUUCAAACACUGUGGUCCUGAAAGUGCUAAGUACUCAAUAAUAAAUCAGCUAUUAUAACACGAUUUUAAUAUAACUAUUCGAAAAAAGUAUCACUAGUUGAAACAUUAUUUGUUAUAUCUAAAAUAUAUAUUUUGUAUAUUUCGUUUCAUCCACUAAGAUUUCUUUUAAAGAAAAAAAUGUUUACAUAGAGAAUAAAUGGCUCGUAUUUUCUA